AAGAAAGGGAAAAAACAUAAUUUUAUAUUAUGAAACCCAUUUUUCGUGGACGUAAAUUGGUUAAUAUCGAAAUUUGGAUUGGACGAAAGAAACUGUCUUAAGUUUUUCACCACGGCUUCAGCUACAAAAGGACACGAAAAAUUAAAAAAAAAAAAAAGGAAAGGUACCUAACAAAAAGAUGAUCUUUUUCUAGUGUAUACCGGGAUUGUAAAACUAGGCGUCGGUUUUGUUUUUGUUGGAGGAGGCCGGCAAACACUGCGUAGAAAAUUUAAUUGGGUGAGGAGGAGGAGCUGCAGAAGAAGUGAUCAAUGGAGGGAGGUUCGGGAUCCGGGUCGGGGUCACCAUUCAAGGAUGAUAUAUUGAAAGGGAAGGUAGCCCUGUUGACUGGAGGUGCUUCAGGUAUUGGUUAUGAGAUAUCACUUCAGUUUGGGAAGCAUGGUGCGGCUGUUGCCCUGAUGGGCCGCCGUAAAUCCGUCAUCGAUGGUGCUGUCUCCUCUCUCCGAUCCCUUGGAAUUCAGGCAGUUGGCUUUCAAGGUGAUGUUCGCAAACAGGAGGAUGCAAAAAGAGUUGUGGAGUCAACAGUGGAGCAUUUUGGGAAGCUGGACAUUCUUGUCAAUGCUGCGGCUGGCAAUUUUCUUGUGUCUCCAGAGGAUUUAUCCCCAAACGGAUUUCGAACAGUGCUGGAUAUUGAUUCAGUCGGCACAUUUACCAUGUGUCACGAAGCACUUAAAUAUCUGAAGAAAGGCGGACCUGGAAGGCACUCGUCAUCAACAGGUGGGAUGAUAUUGAACAUUAGUGCCACUUUACAUUACACUGCUUCCUGGUAUCAAAUCCAUGUGUCUGCAGCUAAGGCUGCUGUAGAUUCACUUACCAGAACUUUAGCUCUCGAGUGGGGUACUGAUUAUGACAUUAGAGUUAACGGAAUUGCACCAGGCCCGAUAGGGGACACUACUGGUUUGAGCAAGCUCGCACCCAAGGAGAUCAAUAACAAAGGAAGUGAGUACAUGCCACUCUACAAAGUCGGGGAGAAGUGGGAUAUUGCCAUGUCUGCUCUCUACCUGGCAUCAGAUGCUGGUUAGUAUAUCCUUUUAAGGCUGUUGAUAGUGCUGUAAAAGAACCAUUUUUUUUUUGUGCAUCACACAGGCUUAAUGAUUAUAGUAAAAUAUAAUGUGUAUAGCUUGUGAUGUUCUCCGACUGGAACCUGGACGUCAUAACGGGAGAUGUCUGCCGGUGUCUCAUGUGGCCAAGCUGCAUAGGGCACCUUGCAUAAUUGCUGCAUUUCCAAAUUUAUUUUCCUUUGUUUUGGUUUUAAAUCCGCAUGUCUGAGCCCCUCUUAUAUGUUGUUAUCCAAUCUUAUUCCAUUGCAUAUUUUCUGCAGGCAAGUACAUCAAUGGAAGCACCAUUAUAGUCGACGGAGGGCUGUGGUUGAGUAGGCCUCGUCAUCUACCAAAAGAUGCUGUUCGACAGCUUUCCCGUGAAGUCGAGAAGAGAUCAAGAGACAAGCCAGUUGGUCUUCCAACCAGCAAACUUUAACUAAUAUCAAUUUAGAUCCUCCCAUGGAGAAAUUCUAGCCAUUUAUAGUGUGCAUGAUUACAGGGCAUAUCACUUUUUUUGUUAUAAAUAAUUACUUAAAAAAGAAAAGCGACCAAUUUUUUUUUUUUGAACAUCCAGUUGAACUGAUCUAAGAGAAGGAUUGAUUUCUAUUGGGGAUGUCUAUCAUGUUAAAAGGAGGUUCGUCAUGUUGAAGUUUUGGAACAAUCUUUGCUGCAAUGAAAAGCUUACUGCAUUAUGUGAUGUCUCAGUUUACAGUCGUUUAUGAUAUGAUUGAUGGUCCUUUUGUUUUCAUAAAUAGCAACCAAGCCUC